UGUUACAUCAUUACGUCUCCACUCCUCACAAUCAUAUAAUUACUAGCAACGUGUCAAUUUAAGAUAGCUUUCGAACAUAAAUUUUUAUAGAAAAUACGAAAUAUGUUUUCAACAUCCAGAUCAAAAAAAAUAAUAGAUAAAGAGGCUCUAAAUCAAAUUUUGCGCCGGGUAGACGUAAGCAAUAAAAUUAUGGAGGAACAGUUAAUGUGGGAAAAACGUAAAAGGGAGCUUCGAGAUUUAAAUUCUCAUAAAAAAUCAAAGCGGAAGAAAAUAAGGAGAUCUCUCGACGAUUUUAAUUCCGUGUAUAGGAGAGAGCGCCAAUUGCAGCGUGAACGAAUACGCCAAAGAAAGGAACAGCUCAUGGAAAACUUAAGUUUAUCAACCGAAUUGUUGGGAUCUAUUCAACUGAAAAAUAGCAGAAGUUUAAAAAAAGAUAAAAAAACUAAAAAAAAUAAAAAGAAAAGGAAAAAGAAAGAUAUAGAUAGCGCCAAAAGGGAGAAAUGCAAACUUGAAACAGUGGGGAGCGCUAAGUUUCUUUUUUACUUUUUAAACUAUAUUAGCAAACAUCAAUGCGAAAGUAAACAAAUCAACCCAUCGAGGACCGGAAAAAAGAGUCUGGUUGGUGAGAAUUAA